GGUACGUUUCUCUCCAUCUCCAAAAUUAGGGUUUUUUUUUUUUUUUUUUCUUUUUUCCUGUAUUCUCCCAAAAUUUCCUUCAUUCUCUCAUAAUAGAAAAUCCUUUAUUCUCUAUUUUCUUGGGGUCUCUGGCUUUCAGCUUUCUGGGAUGGGUCUUGGUUUUGUGGGGUGUAUUUCCUUUUUGGUUGCUGAGAAAACGUGGGAAAUUGAGGGAAUUGGGUUUUGGAAUGUUGGGUUUCGGUGCUGGGGGGCCGCGGAGGAACUGAAUUGAGCACUGUUGGCUUGGGAGGAAGGAGCUGUUAGGGCAAGGUAUAUUGUGACUGAUAAAUGAUUGGGGAUUGAGAAUUUGAAGUUCAAAUUUUGGAAGGGUAAGGGUACACGUCCAAACUUUGGAUUGGUUAAGAUGAAAAAGAGGUGUUAGUGUGUGUCAAAGAACCAGCAAUUGUGGAAAGACAAGAUUUAUCGGGAGUUACAGAAAUGUAUCGGCCGGUGGCUACAGCCCCGACUCAGGGUGGAAUAGCCACCGAAAGUGCAGACUAUGUGGUUGAACUCAAUCAAGUUCCACGGUGGAGUGAUGCGGAGCAUAAAUCUUCUUUGGAAUAUGACAAUGAAGAUUCUUCUUUUCCAACUUCAUACUUUCCAGAUCCUCUAACCUCAACAUCUGAGGCAGAGAGUGGUGGCAAUGGGAUGAUGUCCAGGUUUCCUGUUAAUCAUGAAAUUAACUCAAAGAUAUAUCUAUGGAGGGGAAAUCCAUGGAAUCUUGAGGUAGAUGCGGUUGUUAACUCCACAAAUGAGAACUUGGAUGAAGCACACAGCAGCCCUGGUCUGCAUGCUGCAGCUGGGCCUGGUCUAGCAGAAGAGUGUGCAACAUUGGGUGGAUGCCGUACAGGGAUGGCUAAAGUAACUAAUGCGUACGACCUUCCUGCUAGGAGGGUUAUUCAUACUGUGGGUCCCAAGUAUGCAGUAAAAUAUCAUACUGCUGCAGAGAAUGCUUUGAGUCACUGCUAUCGGUCUUGCCUUGAACUUCUUAUAGAAAAUGGCCUUCAGAGCAUUGCUAUGGGCUGCAUAUAUACAGAGGCUAAAAAUUAUCCUCGGGAACCAGCUGCACAUGUGGCUAUAAGGACAGUGAGGCGGUUUCUUGAGAAGCAGAAGGAUAAAAUUACUGCUGUUGUCUUCUGUACUACCACAGCAAAUGAUACUGAGAUAUAUAAAAGAUUGCUUCCACUUUAUUUUCCUCGGGAUAAACAUGAAGAGGAGGUGGCAAUGUCAAAGCUUCCUGCAGAUGUAGGGGAUGAGAAUGGUGAAACAAUCAUAGAUGAACGUAAAAUCAGAAUAAAGCCUCUGCCCAAAAAGACUGCUCCUAAACCUCCCAAAGCCCCAGUUGAUCUUCCUGUCAGUGAUGUUGGAUUGAUACGGCGGAAUUCAUCAUAUUUGGAUUCAUAUCUGGAUCCUGCUUUCAUGUCCUUAAUUAAAGAUCCAGAUCAGAGGCGUAAAGAGCAAUGGGAAAAAACUGCUCAAGCACAGAGUGGAUGGAAUUGUGCUAAAUUGCUUGGAUUUGGUGACCUUGGUGGACCUCCAUUAUCUGCUGCUGAAGAAUACUCUCUUCAUUCUAGAUACCUUAGUAAAGCAAAUUCUCUUAAUCUUUCUGAAAUUGCAGAAAUGAAAAUUGUUUACCGUGGUGGUGUAGACAGUGAGGGCCGUCCCAUAAUGGUUGUUGUGGGAGCACAUUUUCUUCUGCGAUGUCUGGAUCUUGAGCGGUUUGUGUUCCAUGUAGUAAAGGAGUUUGAGCCUGUGAUACAGAAGCCUUAUACUAUUGUUUACUUCCACUCAGCAGCAUCGUUGCAGAUCCAACCGGAUUUGGGAUGGAUGAGGAGAUUACAGCAAAUACUUGGUCGGAAACACCAGCGUAACCUUCAUGCAAUUUAUGUUCUUCACCCGACAUUUGGAUUGAAGGCUGCAGUUUUUGCUCUGCAAUUGUUUGUAGAUAAUGUGGUGUGGAAGAAAGUGGUAUAUGUUGACCGACUCAUGCAGCUGUUCAGAUACGUUCCACGUGAGCAGUUGACAAUCCCCGACUUUGUGUUUCAGUUGAGUUUUCUGUUCUUUUUCAAAAUCUGGACUUGUUCUCAAUUAUCAAUAACCAAGUUAGUAACCGUCCCACAUCUAAUUAAAAGGCAUUCCUGAUAGAAAAGACACCAAGGCAGUAGGUUGCCUUUAUUUUUCCAUUGCCCACAUGCAGUCCACAUGAUGAUCAAGGAAAAUAAGAUGUAGGUCAUUUGGUUUUGCUGAUUUGAGGUUGUGAGAGAGGUCUCAGCUUCAAACCCAUUAAAGCUCUGGGGAAAAAAUCCCGGGUUCUAAUGAUUAAAUCAUAUGAUUAUGCAGGCAUGAUUUAGAAGUGAAUGGAGGGAAGGGCCUCAUGGUGGAUCCCAGAACAAAAUAUGUAUAUCAUCGGCCAUGAAAGGCAGCAAAAAGGGGAUUGAGCAGCUCCACAAGGUUGUGCUUUCUUCAUUUCUUCUCGUGUAUUGUAUUUGGCAGGUGGAUUUGGGAUUUGUAUUUGGUGCCAUUUGUGUAGUAAUAAUAAUAAUAAUAUAUCUCAUUCCCUUUUAUUUAUUUA